CUAACACGGGGGGGCUCCGCGGGCUACUCCCGGGGGCGUCUGGGUGGGGAAAGGGAGCAGUUUCCCCUUAGGAGAAGGCACUUCCUUGGAUGAAAGGAGCAGUCCGGUGGAAGGGCUGAAGAACCGCAUGGGGAACCCUUGCAGGGAAAGCCCCCACGAGAACCCCUUUGCAACGGCCGCUCCACAACACCGGGGGCCGUUUUAAGAACCGGGGUCCCGCCUGGAAACUACCCCGGUUGUGGGGGUGGGGGAGGAUCCCUUGGGGUUAAGCCUGAGUAGUGGGGCGGGGGCUCCUGCAGUCUCUCAGCGAAGCGGGUCGGGGAGGGUGGGGGGGUCCUACAAGGACCUCUAGGAAACUUUCAGGCAUGGCCACCCGGCGUUUAACAGACGCGUACUUGUUGUUGCGGAACAACGCGAUCCAAAGCCGGCAGCUGCUGGCCGAGCAAGUGAGUAGUUACAGCUCCUCCAGUCCUCUGACUUCACGUAGCAUGGCUGCUGCGGAGCUGGAUGAGCUUGCAGAUGAUCGCAUGGCGCUGGUAUCAGGUAUCAGUUUAGAUCCUGAAGCAGCUGUCUGUGUAUCUAGGAGGUUAUCUCCCAAGUGGAUUGAUGGUAUAGAAGAAAUUCAAUAUGAGAUAUCCAGGAUAAAGCAGAAGAUGAAAGAACUAGCCAGUUUGCAUGACAAGUAUUUAAACAGACCGACUUUGGAUGAUAGCAGCGAGGAAGAGCAUGCAAUAGAAAUAACCACUCAAGAAAUUACACAGCUAUUUCACAGGUGUCAGAGAGCAGUCCAGGGUUUGCACAGCAAGUCUCGAAGCUGUACGGACCAAGAGUGCCGUCUUCUGAAGAAUGUUGUGUGUUCCUUAGCUCAGUGUCUGCAGGACCUCUCCAGCAGCUUUAGACACGGGCAGUCUGACUAUCUCAAACGCAUGAAAAAUCGAGAAGAAAGAUCCAAACAUUUCUUUGAUACCUCGGUCUCUCUUAUGGAUGAUGGGGAGGAUAUGACACUCUAUGACAGGGGUUUUACAGAUGACCAGUUAGUAUUAGUGGAACAAAACACUAUGUUGGUGGAAGAGCGGGAACGAGAAAUUCGACAAAUUGUACAGUCCAUUACUGAUCUUAAUGAAAUUUUCAGGGAUUUAGGAGCAAUGGUAGUUGAACAGGGUACCGUACUCGAUAGGAUUGACUACAAUGUUGAACAAUCAUGCAUAAAAACAGAAGAAGGAUUUAAACAACUACAUAAAGCCGAGCAUUAUCAAAAGAAGAAUCGGAAGAUGCUCAUCAUUUUAAUUUUGUUUGUCAUAGUUAUUAUCCUUAUCAUUGUCCUUAUUGCUGUAAAAUUUCGCUAGGCGAUGUGCCGGUGAUGCUUUCCUUUUUCUCUGUGUUUGUCUGAGAGGUAGCCACAAAUUUUUGUGUGUUGUGUUUCUCCCGUUUUGUUCCUGACAGGAAUGGUUGAGCCUCUCUGCUCUUGAAAGCUGCCUGUUGGAUGAAUGUAUGGGAUCUAAUGGUGCAAAGUCUGUGCAAUGUUCAUACAGAAAACCUCUGUUUUACAUGUUCAGUGAAUAUGGAAGGCAGUGAUUUGUAAAAAAAAAUCAGAAAUGUGCAGAAACGUCAGAAUUUCUGAGAAAAGCUACCAAAUCAGGCAUUACCCAGGCCAUUGAAAUGCUAGAAUGCAUUUUUAAAAAUGAUUUAAACAUUUUAGAAAAUGCUUUCACUAAACAGGAAUAAUAAUGUGCUUUCUGUUAUGGCUUAGCCUACGGUUAAUUUUAGGGUAAACUGUCCAAAUUGUGAUUGUGGACAUCAUUCGCAAAAUUAUUAAGUUGGAGAUUUUUUUAAAAAAAUGCCUUAAAGGUAAAAUAUUUCCUCUUUACCAUCUUCCUCUCCGGAGUUAAUAUUGGUAUGGGUUCACAGAAGUAAAAAAAUGAUUUCUAAUUUCAUUCUUUUAUCCCAAAAGUGGCUUUUGGCAUUAUCAAUAAUACUCUAACCACAGAGAGUAUUAUUGUUUUAAGAUUAUUUUUAAGUUUUAAAUAAUCAGGAAUGUGUUUUGAUUAUUUCCACCCCUUCCCACUAUUGAACUGAAAGAUGUUUCUCUGAUCUUUCUGAAUCUUCCUUCCCAAACUGAAUCUGUUAAUAUACAGCAGCAGUUAACAUAUUUCAUCUUAUUAUUUUCAUAGCGCAAACGGAAAAAGGCAUGGUACAAUUCACACACGGUUUAAAUUGAACUCUAAUGGCAGUAUCAGGAACCUACAUUGAAAUAAAAUCACUUUUGUUCUCAGCUGUGGGAUCUCAGGAGAAUUUGGAAUCCUGUUCAGAGCAAAUGUUGCUUUGCGUCAGUAUUUCUUGUUUCAUUGUAGGUGGCUCUGUU